AGUUGCCCCGCUUUGCUAGCAAUCUCAUAUUACUUUAAUUGCCACAUAAGAUUGCAUUCAAUACUGGCUUGCCUUUGUGAGGUAUUGUGAAAAUGGCCUCCAAGGGCGGGAUUGAGGCAUGCACUGUCCAUGGUAGCAAGGGCGACAUAUUAGCGCCCCGCGCUCCGACUCCCCAGUCGUGCUUCCAGGUAAUCUUACCUUCCUUGUGUGCCCUGAUAAGUGCAUGCCGAUAUAAUGCAUCUCGAGACUCAGUUUAUUGUGACAAAGUGAUGAAAAUAUGAUGAUCUUAUGCACCCGCACAAAUUACCAUGGUACAGGUAGUAAAAUACUUGCCGUGAAAAGUCGGUCCCUUGACUCGCAAUUUUGAUUUGGUAAA